GGCGGUGGGCCAGGUGGAAUGUCAGUCGAGGAGAGCUCAUCGUCCUUGAACGGUACCGGUGAUGAUCGUGCCGUCGCCGGAAGCGGUUCUACCGUUCCCGGUGCUUCCGGUAGCGGCAAUAACGGCAGCACCGGUAGAUCGCAUUAUUCCAAUCUCUCGCUACGCCGUACGCCACAGCCGCCUCAGCUGCCGUCGAGGGGCAACGAUUGCAUCGAUAGGAUGCACGGCGAGUCGAGGAUUCAGAACGGAAUACCCGGACACCAUCCACCCCCGCCUCUACCCUCGAGGCACCAAUCCACUUGCUCCCAAUCCUCUUAUCCGACGCUGCCCGUUAACGGACACGGAGCUCAUCACUAUCAUCACUAUCCCCGUGAGCGUGACAAGGAUAGAUCGUCGACGCGCGAGAGGAAUAAUCGUGACAGGGAUGGUGGUGCAGGCGGAGGCGGAGGCGGAGGCGGAGGAGGAGGAGGGCUUCGUGCCGACAAACAUCGCGAGGCACAACUCGAGAUGGAACUUCACGAUGGUCUCGAUGUUGCUGGCAUUGGAACUUAUCGAGCGUAAAUAACGAGGAACGACGUUGAAGUUUAAAAAUCUCUUACAAAAUUGACAUCGUUCUUGUGACACCGUCGAAUUAAACCAACCGACCGACCGACCGACCGACCGACCGACCUACCGACGAUGUAUUAAAAACUUUUCCAUUGGCCGAUACGACGGACGUAAAGGACGAUAAUAAUCUCAUUGAGAUUCGCAAGUCUUGCUCCGUUGUUGCCUUGGUGCGCGAUAGACGCGAUCUUGACGUAACACAACUAUGGAAAUGCGUCCGACGUCGGAGAUACCACGAGUUUCGUGGAUGAUGGGAGUGCCAGGGAAACCCCCUUUGACCCUUUCUCUCUCUCCCCCUCGCACGCACACGCGCACACACACACACACACACACUCUCUCUCUCUCUCUCUCUCUCUCUCUCUCUCUUUAUCGUGCACAGCCCAACGAAAGAGAAAUCGUACCGAGGGUACGAACCACGUACCGCCGUUUUAAAUAUUCUACGAAUUUUAUCCCAACCACGAACAUCCACUACAAAAAGGGAAAAAUGAAAACAGCUAUUCUUCUUUCGACUACCAAUUAACGAAAAAUCGUCGGUUUUGAGAAACGAAAGACUAGUGCGCGCUAUCGAGUGUCGGUAAACAGGUCGAUUGGAAUCGUAGAUUUGGAACGUCGAUGAUGACUGAAAAAUCUCAAUGAUACGCACGUGAUUUUAAGGAAUCGAGAGGUAUCGACAAGAUGACUCGUGUGAAUCAAAAUACGAAGAAUCAUCGAUCGAUCGAUCAGGAUCCACCGAACGAUGCUUCGACGAGAAUGUAGAAAAUGAGAAAGAGAGAAAAAAUGAGAGAGGGAGAGAGAGACAGGAAGGGAGAGAGAGAGAGAGAGAGAGAUAGAUCUUCAUCCGUAGACGUAACAUGCGUGUCUUUAGGAUAGGGUUUAGGGUCUCGAAAAUAGGGUCGACGACGCGUUUUUUCUCGCGUUUCGGCUUCUAAAGUGUAGGAUCGACGUCUGUAUCAUAAAAAAGGGACAAAAAGAGAGACGAUCGUCUCUCUUCACUAUAAUAGCGCAUCGCAAUUAUAUACAUACAUAUAAAUAUACAUGUAUACAUAAAAAUAUAUAGGUAUAUAUAUAUUCUAAACGGUCGAAUUAUUUUCUAAAUAAAAACACCAAUGUAUAGAGGUACGACGGAGAACUUUAGUGCGGCUAGUGUUCGCGACGUAAGACGAGGGGAUGUAAUUUAAAAACUUUGGAUACGUUUUUGCCAGAACGAACCAAAAUGAUAUUUAAAAAUAAUAAUAAUUAUAAUUAUAAUUAUAAUAAUAAUUAAAGACAAAACGAAUAAACGAAAAAAUAAAAUCAAACGUUCAAACGGCAGAAAUACGUAUCCCAAUCAUUUUACCUUCUGUCCCUCGAUCGAGAUUGAAUAUCGAAAUAAAGAAAAAACAAGAGAGAGAGAGAAGGAAGAAAUAAAUGAAUGAACAAAUAAAAGAAGCUAGGUACAGAAGGGAUAUUUAUCAAAAUGGUGGAAAAAUGUUCGAGACAGUGAAUAAAUACGCUCGUCGAAUUUUAUUAGGCGACACUUCUUUCCUUUUAGUGCUCGUUGUACGAUGAUCUAUAUGACGUUGAUCUGGAGAAAAAAUUCCGUUCGAAAUUGAUCUAUAAAUAAUAAGCGCAAAUUUUUAUAUAGUUAUAUUAUAUUAUUAUUAUUAUUAUUAUAUAUAUAAUAUAUAACUAUACAAAAAUAUAUAUGUAUAGCUAUGUAUUUUAUUCGUCUUAUUUAUUUCGUGAAACGGACGACCUUUUCCUUUGCAUCGAAAUUGCAGCUGAGACGAUUGAUCGAUCGUUUUUCGAGUCAUAUCAAUAAUAAAAAGAAUUCUCGUACUAACCGUUUCGCGUUUAGAAAAGAAAAUAAAAAACAGAUAAAUGAAUAAAUAGAAA